AGCCUCGCCUCGCCUCGCCUCUGUCGUCGCAGCCUUCAAGCUCCGUGUCUGAAACAACAAGUCGAACUUCUCAGGCGGAGUCGUGUGGCGUGCACCGACUCAGGCGAACAUUGCGUUGCUGGGGAGGUUGCGAAAAGAGCAGCCGAGUAAGGGGCCAGCACCGAGGAAAGGACCGGGAAGAGGCUGUGGUUUGUCGCAGCCAGAAGCGGGGAAGGGAAUUAGGAGACGCUGGGGGCAAGCCAAGGCUUCCCGGGCGUUCUCUGGUCAAGGUUGUCCGUGCUCCCCGGCUGGCUGUGCCUGGCAGGGGUCUCCAGGUGUUCUGAGCCUUGCUGAGACAUGUCCUAUCCCAGCGCUCCCCCAAGUUAUGAUGACAGGAACCCCCUCCAUCCACCACCACCUGGGGGAUAUUCUGGAGGAUAUCCUGCCGGAUUUCCUGGGGCUUACCCACAACCUCCACCAUAUGGUGCUGGGUAUCCACAACCAGGAGGCUAUCCUCAACCAGUUCCUCCUAUGCCAACACAUCCAAUGAACUUUGCAGGUGACAACUAUGGCUGCAGUGAUACAGACGGGAAUGGGACUUUCAGUUCAGCAGACUGGGGUGACAAGAAAGUUCGGCAUAAUUUUAUCCGCAAGGUUUACAGCAUCAUCUCGGUGCAGCUGCUUGUGACUGUGGGCAUCAUUGCAAUUUUUACCUUUGUCACCCCCGUAAGCAGUUUUGUGCGAAGAAAUAUGGCUGUUUAUUAUGUGUCUUAUGCUGUAUUUUUCGUCACUUAUCUGGUGUUGGCAUGUUGUGAAGGCCCACGGAGACGCUUUCCAUGGAACAUCAUCCUUCUGUCUGUCUUUACAUUGGCCUUGAGCUUCAUGACGGGCACCAUUGCCAGCGCAUACAGUACAAGAGCUGUUCUCCUUGCCGGGAUAAUCACAGCCAUAGUGGCCAUAAUAGUCACCAUCUUCUGCUUCCAGACAAAGGUGGACUUCACAUCCUGUACUGGCUUGUUCUGUGUGCUGGGCAUUGUCGUCAUGGUUACUGGCAUUAUCACAGCAAUAGUCCUGUCCUUCAAAUAUAUUUACUGGCUCCACAUGCUGUAUGCUGCUAUUGGUGCAAUUGCUUUCACCCUGUUCCUUGCAUAUGACACCCAGUUGGUGUUAGGCAACAGAAAACACUCAAUGAGCCCUGAGGAAUAUGUCUACGGAGCCCUCACGAUAUACACGGACAUAGUCUACAUCUUUACCUUCCUCUUGCAAAUUGUAGGCAGCAGAGAUUAGGAGGCUGAGGCCCUGCUCUUUUGCGCUGUUUGGCAACUUCUCCAGAAGUUCAGAGGAACACAUUUCUUUCUGGACUUAAUGUUCUGCUACUCUGAUCUUACCUCCAGCACAUGUGUAGUAGCUACUAGUGGAUUUAUAUAGCAGACAGAGAUACAGAUGUAAGUGGGAGGCCACAGAUUUUUUUUCAAUGUGGACAUUGACUGUAAUCCAUGAAUUUGUCUGUAUUUUCCCAUUUUGCAUAUGUCAGACCUUUGCUGUAUCUAGUGCCCUGUAUACAUGAAUGCAGUGUAUAUAUGUUGCCACCUUGGUGUGAUGUACCAUAGUCCUUUCAAGUAAUCUUCUAUUUUGUCAGCAUACUUAACCAAUAUGUAAACAGUUAUUCCAAAUAGUCAGUGCCAAACUCCAAGGCUCCAAUUUAUGUGUGCAAAUAAAAUUUAUAUUUUUGAAUAA